CCCCAGACAAGACCUCGAGGAAUCGAUCCUUUGCUAUACCACAAUCCAAUUGAAUCAAGCUAAUCAAGAUCUUUGGCUGGAUAGGAAUUUGCUCCCGAUUGGGGCGGCCCCUUUAAGCCGUAAAAGCCCACGUCAGUUAAAUAGGAAGGAUUCAUGUCCAGGCAACAGUGUCAGUGUCGAUCCCGCCUCUGGGGGAUUCCUUAGCAUCGGGGAUGGGGAAGAGCAGAGCGGACAGGGGAUCGGGAAAGGAACUGACAGGACUGCUGCUUCUCUCUGUCUUUGCUGCUGUGCUUGGCUCAGUACAGUUUGGUUAUGGGCUCGGAGUUAUCAAUGCUCCUCAGGAGGUUAUUGAGAAACAUUAUGGUCGUAUCCUCAAUGUUGUGCAGAACGAGACAGUGGCUGGUAAUCUCACACAAGCAACCAAACCGCACAAACAUCGCAGCAUCAUCAUUUACUGGACUCUAUCCGUCUCCAUCUUCUGCAUAGGGGGCAUGUUUUCCUCCGUCCUUGUUGGAUAUCUAGCGGACAAGCUGGGCAGACUGAAGGCUAUGUUAGCUGUGAAUAUCUUUGCAAUAGUUGGUGCCCUUCUAAUGGGACUGGCCAAGUUGGGCCCAUCACACAUCCUCAUCAUUGCAGGGCGGGCUAUCACUGGAAUUUAUUGUGGUCUGUCUACAGGAUUGGUGCCCAUGUACAUUGGGGAGAUCUCACCCACCAGUUUGCGAGGAGCACUGGGCACUAUGCACCAAUUAGCCAUUGUCAUUGGUAUCCUUCUCAGCCAGGUGCUUGGUUUGGACUUCCUGCUAGGCAAUGAUCGACUUUGGCCUUUAAUACUCGGCCUGUCAGGUCUGCCGGCCGUUCUACAGACCAUCCUGCUGCCCUUCUGCCCUGAGAGUCCUCGCUACCUCUAUAUAAAACUUGGCAAAGAAGAAGCAGCGAGGAAGAGUUUGAAAAGAUUACUGGGGACAUCUGACAUUGACAAGCAUAUUGAGGAGAUGAAGAAGGAGAAGGAGGAUAUCCAGAAAGAGAAGAAGGUGUCCGUGAUGCAGUUGUUCUGCUCUUCCAGCUACCAACAGCCCAUCAUCGUUGCCUUGAUGCUGCACAUGUCCCAGCAAUUCUCUGGGAUUAACGCGAUAUUCUACUAUUCCACAGCUAUUUUUAAACAGGCUGGUCUGUUGCACCCAGUCUACGCCACAAUCGGAGUUGGAGUGGUCAACAUUAUCUUCACCGUGGUUUCCGUCUUCCUGGUAGAACAUGCUGGGCGUCGGUCCCUGUACAUAGUGGGUCUGGCUGGGAUGUGUUGCUGUGCGGUUGUCAUGACAAUCGGGCUGGUUUUCCAGCAUACCUUCACGUGGAUGAGCUACCUGAGCAUGGCGGCCAUCUUUAUCUUCGUAGCCUUCUUUGAGAUCGGACCAGGUCCGAUCCCCUGGUUCAUCGUAGCUGAGCUAUUUAGUCAGGGGACUCGGCCGGCUGCUAUAACCAUUGCGGGUUUCUGCAACUGGACCUGUAACUUCAUCGUGGGAAUGUGCUUCCCAUACAUCAUGGAAUUGUGUGGCCCUUAUGUGUUUGUCAUUUUUGCUGGGCUUCUCUUUGGUUUCACCUUGUUCACGCACUUCAAGGUGCCCGAGACAAAAGGCAAGACAUUUGAACAGAUCGUGCAAGGAUUCCGAAGCAAGAAAUCCUCAUCAGGGCCCCUGAAAGCUUCUGCUACUGAACUGGAAUAUUUGGGCACCACAGAGGCCUAACUGGGUGGAUGAGGGGGAAAGAGAGGGGAUGCUAAGCCUUGCUGCUGUGCACAUUGAGAUGAAAGUAUUCAAACUAAGACUGGAACAGGAACCAUGUAAAAUGAGGUACCUACAGCGGGAAGUGCAUUGUUGGAAAAUUGCUUUCUCUCUUCCUUCAUCGUUAGAGGGAACCAGAACGACCUGCAACGCAUGUUGGUAUUGUCCAAAGAAUGGCCAAGUAAGAGCAUUUGUUAAAACAGAUUUCCCGGUGAGUGCUGGGUCCCAGUGUGGACUGGACACCAGUUUGGGCAGGAUCCCGAUAUGGUCUGGAUUACCCCUUUGUCCCACUCGACGCUUUUCUGGAGAUGGAAGAUUGAGAUCAUUUGGCCAACCCUCCAUGAUUGCUCUGGAGUCUUCAGGAAUUUAAGACUAAUUUCCUGCAAACCACUGUGAAUCACCCAGGAGGAACAUCACCAAUUUCUUUUUCUCUGUUUUCUUUGAACACUUUCACUUAAAAGCAUUCGAGAUGGGGAGAAAACAAUAAGUCCUUUUGAGCGAUGGUCGAGAAUAAUCCAGUUAUCGAUUCACUACUGAGAAAGAUUGAUAAAGUGAGAACACAAUAUGAAUGGUGCUUAUCAGCAACAGCCCAGAGAUUACUAUGUGUGGAAUUAAUGGAUAAAUACUUAACUUGUUUGAAUGAAGUUAAUUACCCUUUUGGGCUAAAAACAGAAAUUAACCCCUUUACGUUGAAUGGAUCAGCAACACUGCUAGAUAAAAGAAUCAUUUCAGAUGAACUGAUAAGGGCUUUGGGGAUGGAAUUCAACUUUUGGGGAAGGGGAGUGCAAAAAUGAGCAUUGGUGUCCGUUACACAGUUUGCCUGAUUUUUCAUGGUCACUGAUUUCAUUGCAAAGGGUAAUGGUGCUGCACGGUGUAUAACAGGGACAUGACCUACUGCCAUGCAAAUUGUGAUUUCGCCCCCCCCACCCCACUUCACCCAAAUUGAAUUCCAUGCCCUUCUGUGUUAUUACCAGAUAAUUUCAAAGUCAACGUUAUCUACCCAGCGGUAUUGUUCUAAAAUCUUGUCUAUAAUUAAUAUUAAAACUGUGGUUUUAACGAUGCUAUCAGUAAGUACCCUAUGAAACUGACAGAAACAUCUGCCAUUCACACAUGCACAGUUAAUGGUGAAAACCUUGCAGUCAGUGAUUUUCUGCUCCUUCAGACGGUACACUGCUGAAGUCUCUGCAGAUGCUAAUCUUCAGAAAUCACCGGAUUGAUGAAAACUGCACCUUUUAAUCAGUAAUCUUGUUAACCAGCUACAAAAGAAGUUACACCUUGUUAAUGAGGUUUUACUGAGCUUUUAAUAGGGAACAGAGUCGCAACUACUGAACAAUUUGGAAAACUACUUUUAUAUUUGUGUAAGAUAACAUUUUUCUAAUGUGAGAAAAAAAAAAUCCAUAACUUUUAAUAUAAUGUUUUGGAAAAUGAAGGAUAAUCAGUGCAUUUAACUUCCUGGUUUGCUGUCUGUGAGAAUAUUUCAAUGUUAUUGGUUCCUUACCCCUGCUUGAUGACAUCAUUUUUCUGGACGCAUGGAGAUCCCCUGAACUUGGUGCCAAAUUCAAAUUAAUGUCGGGAAAGGGGAGACCCAUGCCUGAGAUAUUGCUGGAUCUUUCUGAGCGGCUUUCUUCAAGAGCAUUGGUGAGGACCACUGCUUCACUGCUGACUGCAAAAUUUGGGCCAUUUUGAGCCAUGUGAACUGUUUCUAGCCACCUCCCACUUGUGAUCAUUCAGCUGCUGCUCUUGUGGUUUUAAAAGGAGGUAAUGGAGUGCUGCAAACUUCUGGAGAAGGUCAGAGGUGGACAAUCAGUUAUGCGAUGACCUCUGAAUUAAAUAAACUGCCUGUAAUUGUUCAUUUCUUUAAAUAUAGUUUUUGCCUGACUGUUGCAAAUGGCGGAUUGGGGAUUCCACUGAUUCAAUUUUCACUCCGGUGACUUCCUGGGAUUCCAGAUUGCACAGAAGCAAUAUGGAAGAGGCAUUUGCUGAUACUUUCAUCUGGGUGAUGACUGUCAUCUCAAUCACCCAGCCCUGAACUCAUCGCCCCAUCACUGCUCCCACCCAAUUAUUUGCCUCUGAGAGACCAUUUUGGGAAGUCUAGGGUUAAUUUGGACAACGCCCCACUCCUAGUCCCAAAGUUUACACUCGUAGGCAGUGUGGCAUGGAAUUGGAUUGGGGAGGGGAUGGUAAAGUGGGUGUAUAGAGAGUUAGCUCUGGCUUCCUUGGCCCAAGUGAUCAUGAAUUGUGGAAUUAGCUCUGACGUUAAUACAAACAAAUGAUUCAUGGAAACCAAUCUGCAGAGGAACAUAUUACUCACUGCCUACCUCUAAAUGAAUGUCAUCUGAGCAGAGAUUUGUAAUGCGCAAGGUUGGAUUUAAAUCCCAUGAACCUGUUCAGUAUUUUUUUUUAAGAAAGACCAAUGCAUGAUUUUUAAAAAUUAAAUCGCUAAUAUUGUCAUGAAAUCAAUUUUAUUUUUUGUCCCUGUGUGCGGAAUUUUACGCCGAUGGGAUUUUAUGGUCCUGCCAAAGUCAAUGGAGUUUUGAACGGUUCCACCACAGCUCCUGCCUCGAUGGGACAGUAAAAUUCCACCAAGAAGCUUGACACUGUCCAGGGCAAAGCAGCCCACUUGAUUGGCACCCCAUCCACAAACAUUCACUCCCUCCACCACCGACGCACAGUAGCAGCAGUG